AUGCCUCGUGGACGUCCUGCAGGAUCUACAAACAAGGCAAAAGCUUCUGGCACUUCGGCAUCCAACGCUGCGCGAGCCCCGAAUCGUCCGUCUAUGGGCACCUCCGGAGCACAGAGAAUGGCAAAGCGACAAGAACAAAUAGACGAAGCUGAUCUUGACCCUUUCGACGACUCCCAAGAUGUCAUGGACGUAACGCAAGACUCGGUCGCGGGUGCAGCCGACAACGACCAUGAGGACGAGGAAGAAGAGGAAGAAGAGCCCAAGGCGACGAUCCCACCUGAGCUCCUCACGAGGCUUCUACAUGAAUUCUUCGAAAAGGACGGCUCGAGAAUUAGCAAGGACGCAAACGAGGCCGUUGCCAAGUAUAUGGACAUUUUUGUCCGCGAGGCCAUUGCUCGUGCUGCUGUCGAGAGGAGUGCCGCGUUCCUUGAUGUGGAAGACUUGGAGAAGAUUGCGCCGCAGCUCUUGCUGGAUCUGUAA